CAUAGUAUCCGCGACGCCGACGGCCUCUGCCACUCUGCUCGCUCUCUCGCCCGCCCGCCCACCCUAUCCAUUCUAUCUCUUGCUCCGUCUCCUUUUACUGGGAGAGCAAUGCAGUCUCCUGACAUCUCUAUUUCUUGAUCUUGGAUUUAAAGACCCUCGUUUCAGACUUUCAGUCGCGGCUCUCCUGAUUUUAUGUAUAAAGGGGUGUAAAGAUUGCAAGAAAAAUGAAGAAUUAGCACCACCUGACCCACUAGAAAAGGCAAAAGGCAAAAGGCAAAAGAAGCAAAAAGAGUGCAGCACUAAUUUCUCGUUCUCGCCCUCCUCGGAGUUGUUGGAGUUGGUGUUGUUGAGAGAAGAAUUCCUAACCCUCCCUUGCUUGGAAGCCCUCCGGCAAGACGUUUCCAGAUAUCUUCGUGGUCUCUAUUUCCGUCGGUUUCCUUACUCAACUUUGGGGAGAUUGGUAUUGGUACUUAUUGAGAGGUGCAUAUGGCCACGCUUGCUGACAUAGGGGUUGCUGCAGCUAUUAACAUACUAAGUGCUUUUGCAUUCUUGCUGGCAUUUGCCAUACUACGUCUGCAGCCAAUAAAUGAUAGGGUUUACUUUCCAAAAUGGUAUCUUAAAGGUGUAAGAAGCAGUCCAACACAUUCUGGAGCUUUCGUGCAAAAGUUUGUCAAUCUAGAAUGGCGUUCCUAUUUAAGGUUCUUGGGAUGGAUGCCAGCUGCCCUUAAAAUGCCUGAACCGGAGCUAAUAGACCAUGCAGGACUUGAUUCUGCUGUUUACCUGCGGAUAUACUUGAUUGGCCUUAAAAUCUUUGUUCCUAUCGCAAUCCUGGCAUUUGCUGUGCUUGUACCAGUCAACUGGACCAAUUCCACUCUGGAGAAUUUAAAAGUAGUGUACAGUGACAUAGACAAGCUUUCUAUAUCAAAUAUCCCUAAGGGAUCACAGAGAUUUUGGGCCCAUUUGGUGAUGGCAUAUGUCUUUUCCUUCUGGACCUGCUAUGUGUUGCUUAAAGAGUAUGGAAUAAUUGCAUCAAUGAGGUUGCAUUUUCUUGCAUCAGAGAAGCGCCGUCCAGAUCAAUUUACUGUCCUUGUACGGAAUGUGCCACCUGACCCAGAUGAGUCCAUCAGCGAGUUAGUUGAACAUUUUUUCCUUGUCAAUCAUCGUGACCAUUAUUUGACUCAUCAGGUUGUGUAUAAUGCAAACAAACUUGCUAAGCUGGUCGAAGAGAAAAAAAAUAUGCAGAACUGGCUUGAUUACUAUCAACUCAAAUAUGAUCGGAAUCCAUCUAAAAGGCCAACUCGAAAGACUGGUUUUCUUGGACUAUGUGGUAAGAAGGUGGAUGCAAUAGAAUUCUAUACAUCUGAGAUUGAGAGGCUAUCUAAGGAAGAGGCCACAGAACGUGAAAAGGUUAAAAAGAACCCUAAAUCUGUUAUGCCAGUGGCAUUUGUUUCUUUUCGAACACGAUGGGGGGCAGCUGUUUGUGCGCAGACACAACAAACCCGUAAUCCAACCCUAUGGUUAACUAAGUGGGCUCCAGAACCUCGUGAUGUAUAUUGGAAAAAUUUACCCAUUCCUUUUGUUUCCCUCACAGUUCGAAGGUUGAUUAUAGCAGUAGCAUUCUUCUUUCUUACCUUCUUCUUCAUGAUACCAAUAGCAUUCGUGCAAUCUCUUGCUAAUAUUGAGGGGAUCGAGAAGGCUGUUCCCUUUCUAAAGCACAUUAUUGAAGUGCACAUUAUUAAGUCAUUCAUCCAAGGUUUUCUUCCUGGAAUCGCUCUGAAGAUCUUUCUUAUAUUUCUGCCAACAAUACUGAUGCUCAUGUCCAAGUUUGAAGGAUUUAUAUCCUUGUCGGCUUUGGAGAGAAGAUCUGCAUCCAAGUAUUACCUCUUCUUACUUGUAAAUGUGUUUCUAGGGAGCAUAAUCGCUGGAACUGCAUUUGAGCAACUGGAUACUUUUAUUCAUCAGUCGGCAACUGAAAUUCCAAAAACAAUAGGUGUGUCUAUUCCAAUGAAAGCAACUUUCUUCAUAACCUAUAUCAUGGUUGAUGGUUGGGCUGGAAUUGCUGGGGAAAUUUUAAGAUUGAAACCUCUAAUAAUUUACCACUUGAAGAAUUUUUUCUUGGUAAAGACUGAAAAGGAUAGGGAAGAAGCAAUGGAUCCAGGAAGUGUUGAUUUUGGUUCAUCUGAGCCUCAAAUACAGCUAUAUUUCUUACUUGGCCUUGUCUAUGCUGUGGUCACACCAUUCUUACUUCCUUUCAUCAUAAUAUUUUUUGGUCUGGCAUAUGUCGUUUUCCGUCAUCAGAUCAUUAAUGUCUACAAUCAAGAAUAUGAGAGUGGGGCAGCUUUCUGGCCAGAUGUCCAUGGUCGCAUAAUCACUGCAUUAAUUAUAUCACAGCUGCUUCUACUUGGAUUGCUAAGCACAAAACAUGCUUCUCAGUCAACACCUUUGCUCAUUGCACUUCCUAUAUUGACCAUAUGGUUUCACAGGUUUUGCAAGAACCGUUAUGAACCUGCUUUCGUUAUAUAUCCACUUCAGGAAGCAAUGAUGAAAGACACAGUCGAACAAGCCAGGGAACCAAACCUAGAUUUGAAAGCUUACCUUUUGAAUGCAUACAUACACCCAGUGUUCAAAGAUGGGGAGGAUGACGACAAUUUUUCGAUUGGAGAGGAGCAAGAAUAUGACAACACCCUGGUACCCACCAAGCGGCAGUCUCGCAGGAAUACACCAGCCCAUAGUAAAUGUGAUGGUUCAUCAUCACCUCCCCAACUAUAGCGUAGCAUAGCACCGUACGCCAAUGUGUUAUAUAUAUUAUCAUGUACAUUAGUAUCACAAUAGAAAGUGGGAUGGGUCAAAUGCACAGCCUUGCAUGUGCAUUUGUCUGUUUUCUUUGAAGCAAAAUUAUAUUGUUGUAUAUUUCUAUCCGGCAUUAUGCAAACUGUAGCUUCAAUACCAGGUUAUGGAACUGCUUUGAGAUGUCUCACAUGGAAAGGAAUCACCAAAUAUAACUGUUAUUCGUAAUCAAUCAUAUGCUUAGUAUGAA